AAAAAAAUAACUGCCAAAAAAAAUAUAUCUCCCACUAAAAUAAAAAAAAAUAAUCCAACGAAAAUAAAUCAUCACUGCAUUAUUCCACAACAUAUAGUCUUAAAACUCAGCGGCAGCAGCAACGAAAAAAAUACAAAAUCAUUGUAAUCAACAGUAACAACAUCAGCAACAUCUGCAGCAGCAACAUCCAUUAUCAUCAUUGCCGUCAUCAUGCGUCGCAACGUCAAAUUGAUUGUAUUUGUUAGCGUUAUCUGGAUGUUUGUUUUGGUUUAUUAUUUUCAAACCAACACUGAAAAGGUGGAAAAUCGUGCAUUACGUUUACGUGAAGCUAUGCAACAAUAUCAGGAUGAGGUCAUACCCUCAUCAGCGACAGCCUCGAAGCAACAUCAACAACAACAGCUGCAUCCCCAACAGCUGCAGUCAUUACAGCAAGAGCCACAACAACAACAACAGCAGCAACAUCACUAUGCAGCAUCACAGAACUCAAAUAGAUUGCAUACAAGCAUCCUUCUAGAAGGCAGCGUUGAUCCUGGAGGAUUUAAGCCACGUGUUGGCAGUUUGGGUUUAAAUGCAUUGUCACCUCAAGAGGAAACAUCGCAUCAUGUUAUCAGCACUAGUGGUUUAGCAGUGGCAACUAAUGGCCUGGGUGGUGUUGGUGCGGGUGUUGGUGGUGGUAUUGGUGAGUGGGAGUAUUUCGAUGAGGCGGGCUAUAUACGUGGUGGUGCUUUGAGGACUGGUGAAGAUCCCUAUAUACGAAAUCGUUUCAAUCAAGAGGCUAGCGAUGCUUUGCCCAGUAAUCGGGAGAUACCCGAUACACGGCAUCCCAUGUGCCGUAAUAAAAACUAUCGCAAAGAUUUGCCAGAGACCACUGUCAUUAUUACAUUCCACAAUGAGGCCCGUUCAACGCUAUUGCGUACCAUAGUCAGUGUCCUCAAUCGCAGUCCAGAGCAUUUAAUACGUGAAAUUAUAUUGGUCGAUGAUUUCAGUGAUCACCCUGAGGAUGGCCAAGAGCUGGCUAAAAUCGAUAAAGUGCGUAUAAUACGCAAUGACAAACGCGAAGGUUUGGUGAGGUCGCGUGUACGUGGUGCAGAUGCUGCCGUUGCCGGUGUUUUAACAUUCCUCGAUAGUCAUGUCGAAUGCAAUGAACAGUGGCUGGAGCCAUUGCUGGAACGUGUACGAGAAGAUCCCACCCGUGUAGUGUGUCCCGUAAUCGAUGUAAUUAGUAUGGAUAAUUUCCAGUAUAUAGGAGCAUCGGCUGAUUUGCGUGGUGGUUUCGAUUGGAAUUUGAUUUUCAAAUGGGAAUACCUAAGUCCCACAGAGCGUACGACACGUCAACAUGAUCCCACCACCGCCAUACGCACGCCCAUGAUUGCGGGUGGCCUGUUUGUUAUCGACAAGGCCUACUUUAACAAAUUGGGCAAAUACGACAUGAAAAUGGAUGUGUGGGGUGGCGAGAAUUUAGAGAUUUCAUUUCGUGUUUGGCAAUGUGGUGGCAGUUUGGAGAUUAUACCAUGCAGUCGAGUGGGUCAUGUAUUCCGUAAGCGUCAUCCGUAUACAUUUCCGGGUGGUAGUGGCAAUGUGUUUGCACGCAAUACUCGUCGUGCCGCAGAAGUAUGGAUGGAUGAUUACAAACAGUACUACUAUGCCGCAGUGCCGUUGGCCAAGAAUAUAGCAUUUGGAAACAUUGACGACCGUUUAGCCCUUAAGGAGAAAUUACAGUGUAAACCAUUUAAAUGGUAUUUAGAGCAUGUUUAUCCUGAUUUACAAGUUCCUGAUUCAUAUGAGUUUGGUCAGUUUCGUCAAGGUGAUUUCUGUUUGGAUACCAUGGGAAAUUUGGCGGAUGGUACUGUUGGCCUUUUCCAAUGUCACAAUACGGGCGGCAAUCAAGAGUGGGCCUAUACCAAGCGACAGCAAAUAAAACAUGAUGAUCUCUGCUUAACACUGGUACAAUUUUCACGCGGUUCACAGGUGGUGAUGAAGCUCUGCGAUGAUUCGGAAAAUCAAAAAUGGAUAUUACGCGAAGGCGGUUUCAUACGUCAUCAUAAAUUAAAUGUUUGUCUCGAUGCAAGGGAUCACACAGAAAUCGGUGUAUCGGCACAACGUUGCAAUUCGGCGCUGGAAACCCAACGAUGGCUCUUCACCACAACAAAAGCGUGAAAGGCAACAACUAGUGGACGUGGUGGGGUGAUGGUGACAGUGCCAGCCAGCAGUUAUAACGGUGGCACUAAAGGAGGAGAUUUAAGUUUAAAAAACUGAAAAUAAGAAGACUUUAUAUUAUUUAAAACAAAAAAACAAAACAAAAAUUCCAAAAAAAAGAAAACAGCAACAUUAAAUUAAAAUGGAAAACAAUG